GAUGAAUGGGGGCUGCGAGCCCCUGCCAUCACCGCGGAUCUCCGGAUACAACAUGUAGCCGGCUGUGACAUUCGAACUGAGUCGAGUCGAGUCUGCUACCGGUAGCUACGUAGUCCAGUCGAUCUGUCCCUCUUCUACCAAUUCAGAGUACUGUUGAGGUCCAUCUGUUGUUGAGUUUUUUUAAAAACUCAUCAGUCAAUCUAUCACGGCUGGCUACCGUACGACACCCCUUGCUUGAUACCCAGCUUCUCGACUUGGAUUCUUUCCUCUCAGACAAUACAGUAUAUUACAAUGAUCCUCCAAGAGGUGGCAACUUCCAAUUUUCUGUCAUGGUGCGAUGCCCAGGGCAUCCAGUCGUCACUCCUUCGUCUACAAGGAUCACAUCCCUAUCGGUACUUGACUUGUGAGAAAGAUUUGUCGCCUACCAAAAAUGACAAUUCGCUAUCUCUGUUACAGGUUCCCCUGAGUGCCUGCUUAAAAGGUGAUUCCCAAACGGCCUUGGCGGACCGAUUAACCUUUGAGAAAAUGUUGGGAGAAGACUCGGAGUUCUACCCCUAUCUCUGCAUGUUACCGCCGCCCUUGGAAGAUGCCACAUCCUCCUUGCUGGAAAUUCCUCGAUUCUGGAGUCCCGCCCGUCUGGCUAGUAUCACCAACUUUGACGGGGGCCAGUUGGCAGCCAGACUGGAAGCGACGGCGUUGACGGACGAAGAGAAACUCGUCGAUGCAUGGGCACUGACAUGUGUCAAGACGAGAUCCAAUUUCUUGAAGGAUGGAUCGUAUGCCAUGACGCCACUGUUGGACAUGUUGAAUCAUGAUGGUUCCAUUACCACCAAAGCCGAUGUCAGCGACGACGACGAUGUUUUGGAUUUGUGUGUAAGAGGCCACUCCUUUUCGGCCGGGGCAGAAGUCAAAAUGAGCUACGGGGACUUGACCAAUUUGGAUACACUCUGCCAGUAUGGUUUUGUAGCAGACGACAAUCCCCUCAACGUCGAAACGUUGGAGGUAGGACUAAUCAUGGCAAAAGAUCCCAUUACCGUGGCCAUUGCUUCGGACGGAACCAUUGCGCCCGAAGCACUGGCCAUGCUGCGACGAUUGUUGGCCGCGGGUGCGGAUUUGAAAGGAAAGAAUCGCAAUCAACUGAGUGAAUUCAUGGAACCUCUCUCGGACAACAAUGAACUGGAAGUCGUGUCCUUUUUGGCCACCGAGUUGGAUAUGAGCGCCAAAGAUGCUCGUCGAGGGACACUGGAAGCUGCUACCGUACGAGAAGAUCGAAUGGUGACAACGUACUUGUCCUCGAGGGCUUCCGUACUGGAAAAGGGGAUUGAACGCAUCCUGGAACGAUUCCCGGACUUGGAAUACUGCUGAUCGCCUUCCAAUACGCUCGGUUUGAGUGAGGCACGAAGCACCAAUCACGGAAUAUUGGGUGUGAUGGUGUGCAACUAUAAUAUAGUAAUGCUAUAGCUAGCUAGAAUGCGCUGCAAACCACUCCCAAAUUGAAUUUGAGGUUGAUCCGUCCGGCUGUACCGUACCGUACUGCGCCAUUGCAAAACACUUCGUCCUGAUCUCGGUGCUCACUGGGAGAAGCAAAGACAACCAUUAGUUACGGUACCAAUGCGUUACACUAUGAUUUUGAAUAGGGUAGCCAGAAAAGAAAAAACAAAGAAUCUAAUAUCAUGAAAAAGUACAGACCCUUUGGAAGACAC